AUGGCAAUGGGAAAAUUUAAUGCAAUCUUGGAUAAAAGUAUUGCGCUUGUACUCUCUAACUCUCUCUCUCUCUUUCUUUCUCUCUUCUCUUCUUUCUUUCAUUCUUUCUUUCUCUUCUCUCUCUCUUUAUCUCUCUUCUCUUCCCCCUCUCUUCUAUCUCUUUCUUUCUUUUCUUUCCCCUCUCUCUUCUAUCUCUCUCUUUCUUUCUCUCUCUUUUCUCUCUUCUCUUUCUUUCUUUCAUUCUUUCUUUCUCUUCUCUCUCUCUUUAUCUCUCUACUCUUCCCUCUCUCUUCUAUCUCUCUAUGUCCUCUCUCUCUUCUCUUCUUUCUCUCUUUCUUUUCUUUUUUUACUCUUCUCUCUUUCUUUAUCUCUUUUCUCUUCCCCCUCUCUUCUAUCUCUUUUUAUUUAUAUUCAUCCCCUUUCUCUCCAUGUAUCAUUUCUAUCCUUAUACCCACUCCCUCUCUCUACAUUCUUCUUUUUCUUCUUUCUAAUCGUCCUUAUAUUUGCCACUUUCCAUUUCUCUUUUCCCUCCUUAAAUACACCCUUCUCUCUCUCUCUCUCUCUCACCCUCUCUCUUAUUAUUUAAACCCUCUCAGCUUUUCUCUUCUCUCUACAUAUUCCAUUGUUAGACUCACGACUCUCUCUCUCUCUCUCUUCAUUUCUCUUCUUCCUCCUUACGUCUACUUUCUUCUCCCUAUCUCCUUUCUCCAGUCUUACAUUCAACCCUUUCUUUCUCUCUUCUUCCUCUCGACAUAUUCCAUUUUUCUCUUUACAGCCAUCUGUCCCUCUUUCCAUUUCUCUCCCUCUUAUCUUCCUCUCUUCCUGCUCGCGUCUAUUUUCCUCACUCUUUCCCGUUCCUUCAGAUUUACAUUAAACCCUCUCUCUCUCUCCAUCUCUCAACAAGGGAGAAGAGAGAUCUUCUAUCUUCCUCCUUUAUCUUAA